CUCCAACUCCUUCACUUCUAAGAGAACAUGGACACAAUCCCACCGACGACGCGUCCUGUUCUGCGCGAGGUUCCAAUCUCAUCACUGAACCCCUCGGACACGCCUAUCUUGCGCAUACAGAGCGAAGGCGAUGUUCAGCUUUGGAAGCGUACAAGCGGAUAUGAAGACUAUAUAAGCUUUAUCCGUCGCCUCGCUUGGUCCGUGGCUGGGUACGAACUGCCGUACACUGAUACCAAUCCGAACGAGGCCUGCACGGCUUUGGGCCUGUUACUAGGCAAGCUGGAUCAGUGGAUUGACGAAAUUCCGCCACAACCGACACCUCAACGGUUCGGCAACCUGGCAUUUCGCACAUGGGGCAAACGUUUCGAGACGGAAUGUGACGCUCUUCUCCGUGAACUCCUUCCUGCAGCCUUGCACCCGUCAAUACCCUUCAUCUCGCCCUACCUUUUGACGUCCUUCGGCUCCUUCACACGAAUGGAUUACGGGACGGGCCACGAAACGUCCUUCAUGCUCUUUCUAAUGUGUCUCGUGUAUCUGCGCUUCGUCCCUCACCAGCCGUCGGCCGAGAGACAGCUCGUACUAGGCGUCUUUGUCCAGUACGUCAAACUGUGCUGGAGGCUACAAGACGUGUACAAAUUAGAGCCAGCCGGUAGUCACGGAGUUUGGGGUCUGGAUGACUACUCUUUCUUGACUUACGUUUUUGGAAGCGCACAACUUCAAGAUCAAACGCAGAUCCCGGUGUCAGCGGUUCUGCAUCCUCUGCUGCCGCCAACGAACCUAUACUUUAUGUCAAUCACGCGGAUACUCCAGGUCAAGUCUGGGCCUUUCCACGAGCACUCGUCACAGCUGUACGCAAUCGCGACUGGGGUCAAGAACUGGACAAAGGUGCAUUCUGGGAUGCUCAAGAUGUACGAAGCGGAAGUGCUUGGAAAACGCGUGGUGGUACAGCACAUUCCGCUCGGGGGUCUUGUGAAAUGGGACCCCUCGCCAGGAAUGCAGUCGCGCACUGCGGUGCCACACCCGGAUCCCCUUAGGGGGCACUACGUUGGGUUCAGACCGAAUGGCCCGGGGCAGGAGCUUAGGCCUCCUCGGGCCCCCUUGGGACCGACGGCGAGCACUGCCUGGCAGCCGACAGCGCACCGGGGAGUCGCCCCGAAUACAUUGGCACCUCCCCCACCGCUUGCGGAUACCCAUUCAACGACCGAAGGCGAUGAUGAAGCUUCACGGACCUCGGGACAAAGCUAAAGAGAAGGUCCGGCGCAGGGCUAUGCACUGACUCGCUUUGCGACCCUUUGUGUACCGUUACAUUGUAUUGUGUGAAGGAUGUAUCGAUAGCUAGCUUACUAUGAAUCACCCACUACGUCAAUGUCUAUGCAAUGCAUAUUUCAC